AUGUCUGAUUUUGACAUGACUACAAUUGGUGCCGUUCAGACCAAAAAUUGGGAGGCCAGCAAGGAGGGUGGAUCCUCAAGUUACGGUCUUAAUCUUGCUGCCAACCCUAGCUCGUACAAGAAUGCCACGUAUAUCGUUCAGAUUCUGGUUGAUAGCGUCAAAGAACGACAACUUCUUAACCUUCUGUCGACGGCGGAAGGAGAAAUCAUCGCUCCAACGCAAAGGAGCCUUCUGCGCACGGGAGAACGGCUGAAAUAUGCCGGGAAAUGUGUAUUUGCCACAAAUUACUGGUUUACCAGACAUCUACACGUCGUCUCGACGGGAUCAACAUCGGCACGGUUUAUAGCUACUCCAAACAUCUUUUGUGUCACUGCCAUCUCUUCGUGA